AAUGCAAAUUUUCCCAUAGAGAAAAAAGAGGCUAGUUUAUAGGCAGAUAUGAGUAGAUAAGUUCAAGGCUGGUUCCUGGCCAUUUCUAUGAACUAGUGGUGUUGACGAGAGCGUUGACCGGUUCAGUCUCCUCAAGCUCCAAUCAUUAAACGUUUCGGAGACCCAAAAAGCAAUGCAAAUGCGUCUCUCUCUUCUAUGUUUUGAUUACCAAUCCUUCUCCUCCAUUUUUCUCUUUGCUUUAACAAGUAUCCUUUGAUUUCGAUCACACCCAUCAUGUAUUCAACAAACCCAAACUCCUAUGACAAUUUCUCCGGCGGACCCCCACAGGCGCCGCUGUUUAGUCAAGAUUCAACCACAACUGGGAUUCCGGUGAGCUCAACAAACCAGUACUACACUAGUGACAAUUCUCGAUCAGAAACCUAUCUUGAAUCCAAGAAGAGGGACCCAUGGUCCUCUGGCUUAUGCGACUGCUUUUCCGAUUGGCGAAACUGUUGCAAAACAUUUUGGUGCCCCUGCGUCACCUUCGGGCAAAUUGCUGAGAUUGUGGACAAGGGAUCAUCAGCUUGCGGAGUCAAUGGAGCAAUAUACACACUAAUUGCUUGUGUGACUGGUUGCGCUUGCUGCUACUCUUGCUUCUAUAGAGCGAAAAUGAGGCAGCAAUACGCCUUGAAGGAGAGCCCCUGUGGAGAUUGUUUGGUUCAUUUAUGCUGCGAGUAUUGCGCCUUGUGCCAAGAAUAUCGUGAGCUCAAAGCCCAUGGAUAUGACUUGUCUAUAGGAUGGCAUGGUAAUGUGGAGAAGAAGACCCGUAGCUUGGAGAUGGCUUCGAUGCCACCAGCGGUGGAAGGAGGCAUGACCAGAUAAGAGUGGAAGAUUUGAGCUCUGGUUCAAUGUUGUUGGACUAAAAACAUUUGAGUUUGACUCUGCAUAUGGUCCAGCUUGGCAUUGCAUAGUGGGAACUAGCUUUGGUUCAUAUGUUACUCAUUCCAUAGGAGGCUUCUUGUAUUUUUCAAUUGACAAGGUGUACAUCUUACUCUUUAAGACUGCGGUUGAGCCUUUAGACCAUUGAUGAUUUGCAAAUUUGAGUGCCACGCUCUUGUAUGUUUUUCUUGAUAUCAUAAUUUUUCAUCUUCUUUUUGU